AUGUUGGAGGUGGUAAGUUCCAAAGGCGUGGAACACCUUGAUGAAGAAGAUGAAGUAUCGGAAAAGCAUAAGAGUAGUAAAAAAGAUCGAGUUGUAGAUGCAAGAGAAGGUUUCAAGGGGAAUCUUUUCUUAGUAUUGGAAUAUGUGUCUCAUGAUCUGACUGGUCUGAUGGAUGUGGCCUAUCGAUUCUCCGAGGUGCAAGUGAAAAGCAUAUUUCGCCAACUUCUUGAAGCUCUUCACUACAUGCAUGAUCAUAAGUACGUUCAUCGUGACAUUAAAUCGUCGAAUAUCCUUAUCGACCAUAACUUUAGAGUCAAGCUUGCCGACUUUGGGCUGGCACGGUGUCUGGAGCCUGCAAUUCUAGAUAAGAUCCACGACAGAGGCAAUUCGCAGGAGUUUACCAACAAAGUCAUCACACUGUGGUACCGCCCACCAGAGCUAUUGCUGGGUGAAACUAAGUAUGGAACUUCUGUUGAUAUUUGGAGUGCAGGAUGCAUACUGGCCGAACUGAUACUAGGGAAGCCUCUGUUUACUGGCAAGACAGAAAUGGAUCAGUUGAAACUUAUCUUCGAGAUGAUUGGAACUCCAACAUCUGAAAGUUGGAGUGGAUUUGAGGAUUUGAAGCUAUUUAGAACCGGAGAGGUCUCGAUCGAAUCGAGCAAAACGCCAAAAUUACGUCACAAGUAUCAGAACAAAAUGCCGGCGCCGGCCUUGAAUUUGAUAGAAAAGCUGUUGGAAUUAGACCCAAAGAAAAGGUUAACGGCCAAUCGAGCACUGCACAGUCGAUACUUCCUUGCAGAGCCGAAAGCCCCGGUUCGACCAGAGGAUUUAGGAACCCUCGAAGGUCAUUUCCAUGAGCGUCAAACCAAGAAAAUGAGAAAAGAAGCGAAAGCUUUGGGAGAAAGAUCGCGACAAACAGCACUGGAGGGUGGUUGUAGUGAAAAGGAGGCACAAGAAGCAUUCGAUGAAACAUAUCGACGAAUUGUUGCAAAAGUAGCUUGCGAGGGCCUCAAGAUUUCUUCAGAUCCGGCAAGCUCAUCAAGUGCAAAUGCAAGUACUAAAAAUGGAAUGCCAAACAAGAAGCGACUGGAUAAAGACAAGCGCCGAGAGUCCCACAAGGAAAAGCACCUCGAUCGCCAUGGCAGAAAAGAAGAUGCAAGGAAGCGAGAGGGACGCGAACGAAAUGAAAAGCGCAAAAGACGCAGAGAAGACGAAGAAAAGUCGAGAAAAUUGAUCGCACCAAAUGCGGACGAUCGAAACUGA